AUGGUGCUCACCCGGUCUCCUACCCGGAAAGAGGCGACCACCCGGCCUCCCCCUGCACCCCCCACGCCCCCUCCACCUUCUUCUCCACCUUUACCGAGCCAUUCUAGGGCCUUUUUAACAUCGGCUGGCCCCUCCGACCAAGCGAACGUGUCGCCUACCAGCGGAAUCGGUGCUCUGCUCACCCCUAACGUGGACCUUCAGGUGUCUUCCGACUCCGAAAUGCCCCGGCUGCAGUACGCGUCGGACAGCGAGUCAGUUAGCGGCUCACAAAUCAGCGCCAUAAGCAUGAGCGACACCCCUCAACUAUCUACCCCUCAAAUAUCCACCAAAACUGCACCAACCUCUAAACCGACUACUGGCAAAUCGAGUAAGUCCGCCAAUAGUAACAUGGUCAUAGAGUUGCCGGCUCACUCUGAGGAGGUGAAAGGCAUAGACUCGUUCAUGACCGUGAUAACGAAACUGACUUACACGAUCAAUAAAGCCGUAAACGAGGGAAAGAGCGUAACUGCAUCCAAUAAACGGCUCAUCUCCACGGCAGCGCAAGAGAUCCAAAGAGCUGCGCAGGCGCUGGCAAGGGUCAAUGAGGCCGAGCCGAAGACUGCGCCUCCUCCUCCAGCUUCAGAGAUCCUCCCGGAUCAGAGCUCUAUUGUCUCGGUUAUUCGGGAGAGCAUCCGCGAGGAGCUGAAGGCCAUGUUGCCGGCUCCAGCGCCCUCUCCACCGGCGCUCACUAAAUCUUUUGCCGCGGCCGUGGCGGCGCCUUCCCCAAAACGCAUCCCUCCUCCUUCGCGCACCCUACCAUCAAUAAUAGUCAAAGCUAAAGAAGCCAACGACAAACAGACAGUAGUAUACGACGAGUGGAGGAAACACAUCUCGUUUCGCCACUCAACUUUUGCCCCCAACAAGGUUAAAUCUCUGCGCCAGAACAUGAUAAAGGUCGAAUUCGACACAAACGAACAGCGCGAUGAAGUCCUACAUAAAGUUAAUAGUAUACCCGGAAUUGUAGCGGAAGAGUCCAAACUGCGGCGCCCUCUCAUCAUCCUGAAGGGAGUCAGCAAGGAGGUACAGAGGGAGGAAUUGGUGGACGUGGUAAGCCACCAAAACCAAAUCCCACCCGAGGACGUCCGCCUUUGCUUUCUCCUCAAAAACCGCAACGAUCGUUUUUACAAUGCAGUGCUAGAAGUGGCCCCGGCAAUCCGACGUAGGCUGGUCGAGGGUGAGCGCGUGAACGUGGAGCAUCAGCGGGUGCACGUGGCGGACUUCAGCCGCUUCGUGCAAUGUUACAAGUGCCUGCAGUUCGGGCACACUAACGGCAAAUGCACCGCAGAGUUCUACCCGUGCGCCCACUGCGGCUCCACUGCUCACCACGUUACCUCGUGCCCCGACCGUGCCAACCCUGACAAAAAGUGCUGUUAUAACUGCAAAUCUGUGCGUAGCGCGAACACAAACCAUGCAGCCACCGACAAUAAGUUAUGCCCUAGAAUAGUCAACGCAGUCAAAUCCCUACAGGAGAGCACCGACUAUGUCAAGGCUUGCAUCGUAACAACAUCUAAGGUGGCUGCUCUGGGAAUUACGCAGCUUUCCACCGCAAAUCUGGUCAUAGCUAGAGUCAGUCUGGGUCUCAACAAAUUGGAAGUGGCAUCCUUUUAUAUUGAACCAAACACGGACAACGACAACACCAUCGAAAAAUUGGAUCGUUUCCUCCGGUCAGCAGGUUCAUCCUUGCGGCUGGUUGGCGGCGAUGCCAAUGGCAGCCACCAGGAGUGGGGCGAAGCGUCGGCGAACUCCCGAGGGGAGGACGUUGUCGCGGUCAUGGCCUCGCACAACAUGGUCGUCUGCAACGUUGGUCAUGUUCCUACUUUCGAAGCGAUCCGACAUGGUGCCCAUUGUUCAUCGGUAGUCGAUAUCACCUACUCGUCCCAGAGUCUUGCGGACGCCGUUCACAAAUGGAGAGUCAAUAGCGACGCUUGCCCAUCCUCCGACCACAAUGCUGUCGAAUACGAGCUUCAUACUGCACGCAGACCAGAAAAACCCAAAAGCACAACUACAUUUAGGUUUUCGACAUACCGCGCCGAUUGGGAUAGGUUUCGUGAAAAGCUCAACGAAAGAAUGGAACCACUGAUCGCUCAAACCCAAUUAGACUCCCUCACUGGCAUCGGGCUGGACCGGGUAGUAGACCGCUUAACCGCGAUUGUGCAGGACACCUGCUACAGCACGCUCCCUCGCAAACCAGGAGCGAAGUUCUAUAACCCGUGGUGGUCCGAUGACUUAGAACUACAGAAGAAGGAGUGCAUCCGUCUACACCAUCGCCUCCACGACUUAAAGAAGUCAAAAAAACCCCUCGACGAGGUAAUAAAAUUGUAUACAAAAGCAAAACAAGAGUAUGCCCGGACCCUCUCGAAAACAUCGACUGAUCAUUUUCGACAGUUCUGCGAGGCGCAAGGCAAGGAAGACGUUUGGGCGGUCACAAACCGUAUCAUCAAGGACUCACCACUGAGGAGACCUCCACAAACACUCAAUUGCGGUGGAGCAUUCACUGACAGCGGCGAAAAUACAGCUUCCGCGCUCCUCAAACACUUUUAUCCCGAUGAUACCCCUGACAAUUACAGCGAACAUCAAGAGACGCGGGCUGCAAUGUCUGAAUCACCCAACACAGAAGAAGAUCUACUGUUUUCAGAGGCAGAGAUCCGAGAAUGUCUCUCUCACAUCAGCCCUAAAAAAGCUCCAGGAGCCGACCACCUCACUUCAGACAUUUGCAGCGCGGUCUUUGAGGCUCAACCGGACUUCCUCACGGCUCUGUACAAUAGAUGCCUACAAAUAGGUCACUUUCCUAAACCCUGGAAACGAGCGGUAGUCAAGAUUUUGCCCAAACCGGGCAAAACUGACAUGGACUCGUUGAGCUCGUACAGACCCAUUGGUUUAAUCUGCGUUUUCGGGAAAAUCCUCGAAAAACUCAUCGUUAAAAGGAUCAUGUACAAAGCCGAAUGCGAAAAUUCCCUGAAUACCAACCAGUUUGGCUUCAGGGAGCAAACCUCAACAACAGACGCCCUUGGAAAAGCCUUAGAAGUCAUCAGGACAGCAAAAUCCAACGGUCGCCAAGUUGUGGCAGUGUCGCUGGACAUCAAGGCGGCAUUUGACAAUGCUUGGUGGCCAGCACUUUUCAAGCGACUCCAACACAUAAAAUGCCCCAAAAAUAUCUACCACCUUAUCAGGAACUACGUUACUGACAGGAUCGUCACUUUAAAUUAUGCGGACGGCGAGGCCUCCAAGAGUAUGUCCAAGGGUUGUGUCCAGGGCUCCGCGUGCGGACCAGUAUUUUGGAACUUAAUACUGGACGAGCUUUUGAACAUCCAACUCCCUGAAGCCGCGCACAUUCAAGCGUUUGCAGAUGACGUUCUUCUAAUCGUUGAGGGCAAAACACGGGAAGAAGUCGAGACUGCCACUGGAAAGUGUCUUGAUAUCAUACACUCAUGGGGGAAAAGAGUCAAGCUCCAAUUCGGUCCUGAAAAAACCCAAGCCAUCUCGUUCACUGCACAAACCAAACAAGCCCGAAUAACUAUCAGCAACACCGUCAUUCCAAUAUUGAAACAGAUCAAACUUCUAGGGAUUAUAAUAGACGAUAAAUUAAACUUCAUACAGCACUCGAAAUACAUUAUAGGAAAAGCCACCAAGAUAUUUAAAAAUCUGUGCAAAUUCGUCAGGCCGACUUGGGGCGUCCACUCUGAAAAUGUAGAAUGUAUAUACAGACAAGUGAUCACGCCCAUCAUCACCUAUGCUGCUGGAAUCUGGGGAACGGCCAUCAAGUUUUACUCAGUACGGCAGGCACUACGAGCGUUUCAGAGAGCAUUCGCAAUCAGAGCCAUAAGAGGGUUCCACACCAUAUCCGCGGUAGCCGCGGAGGCCCUCGCGCAAUUUCCACCCCUGCAUCUGGUGAUAAAGGAGGCCUAUGAAGUCCACAACAUCAAAACGACGGGCACCUUUGAGGACCUACCUCAGGAUAUCAAACUUCACAGACGUGUCCCAAUAAAAGACCUCUUACACCCCGCUAAACGGAUCUCCAUCUCGUUCGCCGAAACUACAACACAAAUAGACACAAACGAUCUCAUUAACCCCGAUGCUCCCAACAUCUUUACUGAUGGCAGUAAGAAAGAGGACGGGCAAGCGGGGGCAUCCUUUGUGGUGAUGAAGGAAGAUCAACAACCGGUAAUAAAGAAAUUUAAGUUGUGCCGCACAGCUUCAGUCUUUAUGUGUGAGCUAUUUGCCAUUGCAGAAGCCCUAAAGUGGCUCAAAAAUUCAAACCGAAACUUCGCCGAAGCCCUCAUCUUCUCCGACUCCCAAUCCUCCCUUAAGGCCAUUCAAGACCGCAGCAACACCGACCCUUUAGUUAACCAAAUUCACCAUCUCAUCUCCUUCCUUUCUUCCAUCCACAUAACAGUGAAAUUCAUAUGGUCCAAGGCUCAUGCUGGCAUAGUGGGAAAUGAGAUAGCAGAUGUUGCGGCGAAGGAGGCCGCCGAGAAGAAAACCGCAACACUGCUAAACCACUUCCCACUCUCACACGCCAAGCGACUUCUGCGUCAGCGCACUUUAGACGCUUGGCAGUGUGAAUACGAGGCGGCCCCACAAGGGGCCAUCACAAAAUCAUUCUUCUCAUCCAUACAUGCAAUAGCGGAAUUCAGAAAAUUUGUAAAAAUCUCCUUCACCAUCACACAAAUCCUAACUGGACACGGAUACCACAAAUCAUAUCUCCACAAAUACAAAAUAACAGAGGAUGAUCGUUGUCCUUGCGACGACGAGACUCCUCAGGACGUGCACCACCUUUUAGAACACUGUCCAAUAUUCUACAGUAGCCGCGAAAAAUACACAAUGAUGUGCCUUAAAAUGAAAAUCGAACCUUUUAACAUCGUCGCGCUUACUAAAUCCGAACAGGUCACUAAAUACUUCAUAGAGCACGUAAAUUACAUAGUCACACACCUAAAACAAAUAAAUGGCACUUAA